AAAAAAAUAAAAGCCCUGCACUUCCUGUUACUGAUUGGGAUCAGGUUAAAGGGAGCAGAGCAAAUUAAUGGGCUGUUUCAAUCUCAAUGGGUCGACUUUUCCACAUCCAGCCCUUAAACGCACCUGUCAUGGAAACUGUGGAGAGGCGCUCCUGAAGCCGGAGCUGCAAACUUCCCUGAUCUUCCGGUAGUCGGGACUCCUCCGGUGAGCGCAGAGUCAACACUGUCUGGAGAAGACGGAGAAGAAGAAGACGUUAGCGGUGGUGAAGUCGACUUCUAACAGCAGUAACAACAGUGGAGAGUUUAUUCCUGACAUUUUGGAGAUCUUCUCGAUGCGACAGCGACUGAGUUGAGCCAGUUAACCUGCACUGGAUGGUUCAUGGUCGAAGGCACGAUGCCCGAGGCCGCUGACAUGAUCAACCUGGGCUUCCUGUCCGACUCAGAGCGGGAGCUGAUCCAGGAGGUGCUGCAGCGGGACGAGGAGCUGAGGCAGGCUGAGGAGCUGCGUGUGCGGAGUUUGAAGACCGAGCUGCAGGAUGUGAAGAGGAAAGGGGCCAAACGUGGCAGUGGACGAUACAGUCAGCGGAGUUGUGGCCGAUGUCUGGAGCCUCUGAGCCGGCUGACUGUUUUCUCCAGCCAGUGUAAAGUUUGCAACCACGAUGUGUGCAGCAAGUGCCGAACAGCCCUCCCCAAUGGAUCCUGGCUGUGCAACGUGUGUGCCAAAGAGUCGGAUCUAAAGAAACUGACAGGUGACUGGUUCUACGAUCAAAGGAUCAACCGUUUCUCCACGGCGCCUGGUCACGACCUGGUGAGAGUCUCCCUGAAAAAGAGACCGCAGGGGAAGAAACGUGAGACAACAGGAGAGAAGCUGUUAAAAAAUACUGAAAUGAGCCCAGACCUUCCCACUCCUGUGCCGCGGGUCAGGCAGAAAAAUCAGAUAACAGAUAACAAAGGUCAUUCAAAGGAGAGUUCAGUAUCGAUUGUUUCGAGGGAAUCCGUUGAAUCGAAGGAGGAAGUUUUGUCAAAGUCAACACGCAGUGACACAGAGUCCACAGAAACCAUCAGUAGCAGUAAAACAGAGUCUGGCUCUGUGAGCCCUGACAAACAAAGGAGAGAGAACCGCUCGGCUACGUCCAGCCCAGCAGGGUCCAGUGUUUCCAGUCUGACCGCUCCAGUCCACAUUAGCGUCGACGACGACGACUCGGAAGCUCACGCCGAAGUGAAACCGGUCGGUCCGAACCCGGAGAUAGAUGUUGACAGACUUUUCAAGAAGAGCGUCAAACGAUCCCAAAAACCCUCUGAGUACACAUCGACACUGGACCUGCGUGAUGGACGUAACAAACCUGAGGCCUCGAUGGGCAAGAGGAGUCGUUCUGUACCAGGCCUGGACAUACAGGAAGCCGGAGAGGAGGAGGAAGAUAUCGACAGCUUGGUUAGCUUUCAUAAAAGGACGAUGGCUUCCAGCUCCUACAGCUUGCACAGCUCAAAGAGCACGCUGGGCAGCCUGAUGAGUAUUUACAGCGAAGCAGGAGACUAUGACAGCGUGGAGGUGAGCGGAGACCUCGUCUUCUCUCUGAGCUACGACGAACACACCCAGAGCCUCUACGUCAUUAUCAAGGAGUGCAACGGGCUGGCCUGCGGGGAUGCCUCCAAGCAGCUUUCCAACCCUUACGUCAAAUGUUAUCUACUUCCGGACAAAUCCCGCCAGAGCAAAAGGAAGACGAGCAUCAAGAGACACACAGUCAACCCCGUCUACGACGAAACACUGAAGUACUCAAUCAGCCGCACUCAGCUGUCCACCCGCUCCAUGUUGAUAUCCGUCUGGCAUCACGGUCGCUUCAGCCGCAACGCCUUCCUCGGAGAGGUGGAGAUCCCCCUGGACACCCGAGACCUCGACACCCCGUACGUGGACCGCGUGGCUCUCAUGGCGAAGUCAGCCUCUGCCGGGCCGUCUUCAGCUUUCGCCCAGUACAAAGGAGAGUUGGUGGUCUGCUUGAAGUAUGUCACACCUAAAAAGACAGCAACGGAGAAAAGCAAAGGCAAAAAGGCGGCGAUGGAGGGAGUAGGAGAACUGCACGUCCUGAUUAAAGAGGCCAAGAAUUUGAUGGCAAUGAAACCAGGAGGCACCUCAGACAGCUUCGUAAAAGGGUAUUUGUUCCCAAUUACAGCAAAGAGCACAAAGAAGAAGACUCCGGUGGUGAAGAAGAACCUGAACCCCCACUAUGACCACACGUUUGUGUACAAGGAGCUGGCUCUGGAGCAGCUUCAGGAUAUGAGUCUGGAGCUGACGGUGUGGGACCGAGAGGCCAUAUCCAGCAACGAGUUCCUGGGAGGAGUUCGUCUCAGCUCCGGAGAAGGCUCGGUGAAAAUAGGGAAAGUGGAAGUGGAAAUGGACUCGGUUGGAGAGGAAGUCAGUCUGUGGAUGAAGAUGAUGCAGUACCCGGACUCCUGGGCGGAGGGCACUCUUCCACUGCGCUCCACCAUGACGGCCAAAUGAGGACAGCCUGGACCCUGAAAGAGUCCAGAGAGACUGAGAGGGGGGGGGGAGCUGUGAGACAAAUAUAUGAGAUUGUGGAUUAUUCUAUUUUUUCAAUCUUAUUAGACCAGAAGCGUGUCUACUGAAGUGAGCCAACGCAGCUGAUUGAAGCAGACACACAGUUCACUGACCACCUGCCUCUCUGUGUGGGGUUCAUCUUUAGCACCGUUACACCUCCUCCCCCCCCCCUCUUCUGACCGCAGGCUACUGUUGAUAAAUGUACCAAAACACAUCACAACACUAAACUUUAUUUUAAGAGCAUUGACACAGUCAUUUUUAUGUUUUUAUGUUUAUAUUAUUGCAAUUCAAAUUCAUGCAGACUUAGCAGAGAAAGAUUGUUGCAGUUGUUCUUUAUAAUUGUGUACAGAAUUACGCUGAUGCGUGGGAAAACAAGUCAUUAUAAAACUGGUAUUAUACAUUUUUAUUUCUGGUGUUGCAUCCAACAGAUUGAGCUACAAAUUGUAAUACUAUCAUGCAAAGAAUUAUAUUUAUAGAAGUUGCAUAUAAACCCUUUUUUUGAAAUUAUUAAAUUUUGUCUAUUUGCAGAUAUAUAAAUGUAGAUUUUUAACUUUUAACUUUGUGUGAUCAGACUGGUGUUUACCUCGAGGUUGCCAUGAAUAUUCUGUUCACCCAAUAAAAAAUGCACUAAACCACAAA